AUGAAGAAACGACGUCGUCGCGAUGCUUCACGUAGAACUCCCGAUACCUCAUCCAUGCCUCAAUACCUGUACCAGCGGAUACCUUCACUCUCAUUAACAUUCCUUUUCAUCUCAUGUCUCCUCACCAUCCUCUUGCCCGUCGUGUCAGCCGCACCGCCAUGUGUCCGUUUCGCAGAUUACGACUCUAUCAACCAGAUGUUCAUCGAUGGAGGUCCGGGUACCAAGGUCUUUCUCUGUCCGAGCAAGUUGUAUCGUCUAUCUGGCACGAUCGUCUUCACCGCAGCAGACCAAGAACUAGCCACGUACGGAUACCCCACUGGCUCAGAAAGAGCCAUAUUACGCGUGGAGGGUAAACAGACUUCUACAGUAAUCCAAGGAGACUGUAGGCGGUGUGCAAGAGUGGGUGUAAGAAGUUUGAUCAUUGAUGGUAACAGGAAAAAAUUAGGUAGGAUAAAGAAUAUGGACGAUGCGGCUGGAUUAGUCAUAUUGGGAGGAAACGAAGGUCAAUCGGUGAAGAACUGCUGGAUCAAAAACCCUAGGGGUUUCACAGCUUUGCAUAUCAGAGAGGGAGAUAAAUUACAAUGCACAGGUGCGAUGAUUGAUAAGAAUGAAAUUGGUCCAGUAGGUGAAGAAUAUGAUCCUGAUCUGGAUGGAGAAGAUCCCGAAAGUUCACCUCUUGGUAGACCUUUGGCAGACGGUCUAUCAAUAGCCUGUAGGGAUUCAUUCGUAAGGGACAAUACAUUUUACGACAAUACGGACGCAUCAAUAGUCAUUUAUUGUUCGCCUGGCACUUUGGUUUUAGCAAAUCACAUAACUGCUAGAAGUUUAUCCUCAAUGGCUGGUAUAUUAUUAGUAGAUCAGACACCGUUCGAUGGUGAUUAUUCGGGUGUGGUGGUCAAACAGAAUAUAAUUGAUGCUGCAUCAAGAUCAAUCAGAGUAGGAAUCGGAAUAGGUUCGACAGUUUGGUCAGAUGAUACGGAGACGAUAUUAAAAGGAGGAACGAUUUUGAAUAAUGGAUUGAAAGGUAGAUAUAUGGGAUAUGGAAUUGCUGCGGCUGGUCUAGAGGGUUUCAAAGUUAAAGGAAAUUGGGAUGAAGCACAACAUCAAGGUCAAAAAUCUGCUAGAUGCUUUGACGAACCGGUUAAUCCCGAUCCAAUGCCUUUCUUGUAUAAUUUGGAAACAAUCAAAGAGUCGGAAUUUCAGGAUGGAUUCAAAGAUCAUGAUUUCCAGUAUGUCGUCUGUAUCGAUGGAUUAUACGAUAAAUCAAAUCCCCCAAAACACGACUUACCUCCCUUACCCCAUGAUCUAGAUAAUGAAGAAUCGAAGAAAGAAAUAAUACCACCUCCGAAGAUCGACAAAGCGAACACUGAAAAGAAGGAUACGGCAACUAGUAAUGAUGUGGCAAAUGAGGAAGAAGAAGAAGAUAGGUCUCCGGAUAUAGCUGAACCUUCAAAAGAUGGAUUUUCGACAGGAUCCGAAGUGAUGGACGAUAUACUUACCCACUCACAACAGAGGAUGUUGGAGGCUAUAGAUCAUUUACAUAGAAGGGUGGAUAUACUCGCCAGUAAUGUUGAUAAGUCCGACAAAGAUAAGAAGAAGAAGUCGGGGGUUGUAGGCGAAAGUCUGGAUCCUGCUAUCUCUACCCAUCUCGAGAAACUGCAAAGAAGAGUGGAACACCUGGAAACUUCCCAGAAAAAUUUGCUGGAGUCGGCUAUAGCUAUGAGAUCGUCUAUCCAGUCUUGGGAUCAAGAGAUGGCCACGAUAGGGGAAUGGCAAUACGAUAUCCUUCUUGACGUCCGACACAAACUUGACCUCCAUUCUUCCCAUUUCGACGCUGAGUCGGGAUACGUCCCUCCGCCAGGGGAUGAGGCCGAAGAAGCGGGGAUGAUAAAUGAAAUUAACUCGCCUAGGGUGGAUCAUACUCACCCUUCGAUCGAUAGGGAUAAUAUAAGGGAUUUAUCGAAUAAGCAGAGAUUGUCUCAGACGGAUAGGAAGAACGGUUGGAUCGGAAAUUUGGGUUGGUGGUUGAAAGUAAUCUUGCUGCAGGGCAUAAUAGGGAUUGGGUUAUGGUUAUUGAGAGGAUGGUGGAAAGGGAGGAGAGUACAUGGUAAGAUAUUGUAG